AUGCCUGAGGCACCAAUAUGGCCGAUGACUCAGCAAUACCCUAUCUUAGACUGCACCCAACAGCAAAUCCCAACAAAGCGAUUUGUCUUUCCUCGCAAACCUCGUCAUUCAGGGUCUUCCUCCUUCCCGUCACCUCCCUCCAUCCAUCCCCAUCAUUUUCCAUCCCCAAAGUGCCUAUUUUGGUUCACAUUUAGUCGUAUAGACACCCAGACACGCUCUUCAUACAUCAACGGCCCCACACCUUCUUGUUUUGUUGUUGUUGUGGUCGACGUGAUGGCCAGUCCGCCCCGACGCGUCACCAGGAGUCAGAGUCGGGAGCGGGAGACAUCCAUUGUCAAAGAUGUCGGUCAGUCGUCUGGAGGUCGCAUGUGGACGCAAAGUAAGCGACGAAUGACGGGUCAGAGCCUGGAAGUCCUCCCGGAAGAAUCCCCAUACAAAUCCCCCCGCAAAUCCACUGGCCGAUUCGUCCCCGGGUCGCCAGAAGAUGCAGGCAACAUCACCGGCACGACCAUCCGCGUGUCGGAGCACGAGUCCGAGCUCGACCCGCAGAUGAUGCUCUACACGCUCCCCGACCUGGAGUCCUACGCGACGGGCGUGCUCGACUUCGUGCUCCCAGCCGCCAAGACCGGCAGCGUCGCCGAGCUGGCGAAGAAGCUCGCCGACUCCAAGAGCCUGCAGCACCUGCAGUUCCGCCGCCGCGUGUCCAAGCUGACCGGCGAGACGCAGAACUUCUCGCACGCGGCGUACAUCGACGUCGCGGAGGUGCACCGGCUGUUCUACGAGCUGCUCGAGAGCCGGCGCAUGUCGACGGCGUGGUCCGCCGACGGCAUCCUGCACAAGGCGAACUGCGCGCUCUUUGCGCGCGAGCUCCUCCUCGCCGCUGACUGGGUGCCGUUUCGGCGCGCGGUCGCCAAUGUCGCGGACUCGUUCCCGUCGGCGUUCAUGAACGAUAUCGCGCACGAGGACGCGUCGCAGAGCCGCGCCGCCGGCGAGAGCGCGCUGGCAAUGGAGACGUUCCAGCUGGCGCUGGAGAUCCGCACGCAGUCGUUGAUCAUGCACAUCGAGGACCGCCAGGGUGAUCCGGUGUUUAAUCCGGUGGAGGCUCUGGAGAGUGCCUUCUUUCUGGAGCAUCCUGGCGAGGAUGCGCCGCUUCGCGGGUUCGAUUUGGACGGCCUCGGUGGUGUGGAUGCACCUCUGCCUGCGCGGUUUCGCGACGCCGCGUUGGAACGCUACGCGGAUGUGCGCGAGCUGCUGGCCGAGAAUGAGGGCUACGUGCUGCGCGUGCUGAAGAGCGUGUAUCGGUGGCAGAAGUUUAUCCCGCGCGCGGUGGGUUGGAUCGCCAAGCGCAGCGAUGAGAUCAACGAGGACUUGCGGAAGCAGCCGAGCACGGAGGAGUUCCACGCGGAGUUUUUUGCGUCGAAGGAUAGUUUUAAUGAGAGUGUGGGAGCUGGGGCCGCUGCAGAGGCCAACAUCCAGGAGACGCCCACAGCGGCCGCCCCAGCGGAAUCGCCUGUUCCAGCGGAACGUCGUCCAGAGCCAGAGUCAGAGGCACGACCAGAACCAGAACCACAAACGAGGCCACAGACACAGCCGCAGCAAGACAAAGACCGCCGAAAGUCCGGCAGAUCGUGA